CCCGUGCCUGGCAGAGGGAACCUGGUGGCCUCAGCUCCUGAGUCGUGGUGCCUGGCAAGAGAAGCAUUAAUAUCAGAAUUAAUGUACAAAAUCUGAGAGACGGAAAAACAACGCCCAAAAUGGUGGCCAGGAGGACAAGGGGGUGCUGUUGUCUUGCUCACUCAGAUUUUGUAAAGAUUUUGGAUGGCUUUAGCCAAGGCUGCCUGCCCCACACAGCCAUGGUGUUACCCUGGGGUGGAUGAUGCGUGCUGACCCCCCAGGCAGCGGCUGGAGUCCCUUUGCUCUGUCGCUUCUGCAAACUUCACAAACCCACGCAAAGUGUGCGACGUGCAGGGUUAUUUUUGCCACCCUCCUCCAUUCAGCUCUGCCUUCUGCCAAGUAGGAGGAUUUUCGUGGCGGUGACGUUCAGCCGAGGAGCAUGAAGUGAGAGGCAGGUGUCCCCGUGGGUGACAGAUGGGGAGUAGUCGGAGCUGGGUGUCACCAGCCCAGCACCGGCAGCUGAUGCCAGCUCUCUGCCUGAGGCCAUGGGUGGGAGGAGGAGGAGGAAGGCACAGAGCCAAGGAUAGGCGCCCGCAGGCAGCUGGCACCAGGGACAAAGGCAGCAGGGCUGGGGAAGGCGGGGGGAGCUCCACUGAGCAUAAUGGACAAGGGGACAGCAGCAGCCUUGUCCCACCCUGUGCAGGGACCCCGAGGAGCAAGUGGUAUUAUGUGGCAGCCACAUCCAGCUGGGGGAGGUGGGGAAUAGCAGGGCCCUCUCCCAGGCACUCAGUCCCAGCCAGUGUCCGGGGGUGGGAGCAAGCGUCUGGAGAGGAAUGGGGGUGGGAGGAGUUGCAGAAACGGUGAGCUGGAGAAGCUGAUGGUCCCCUUGCCAAGGAGAUGGUGGAGGCUGUGGAGCUCACUGAGAGGUGUGGGCACAGCUGAGCUGAGGACAUGGGGAAUGCGAGAGGGGGCUUUGCUGCAGCUGGAAAUGGGAGCCUGGAGCCAGUGGGAAUGGUGGCACAGGAGUGCAGCAUGGCUGGCCAGGUAGGAUAGUGCUGUUGGUAACAUCUAGUGAGAACUUGUCUGUAAAGCGCUUGGAGUUCCUGUUCUGGAUGCCUACCUCUAGCCAGAGGCAUCUUCUCCCUGUCUACAUGUGGUGCCCUGAGGAGAGGACAGGGCACAGGGCAUCCCUUGGGGACCAGCCUGAAAUCUGUCUCCACUUGUGUGAGACACUGCAUCCCCUUGACCUGCCCAUGUCCCUUCUCCUAUAAGCAGUCAGAAGAGGGACCGUGGCCAUGCAUCCUCUCUUGAAUGCCCAGCUGGGGCACCAGGCACUCUGCCAGACAGGGUAUUCACAAAGCAAGGCAUCAUCCCAGCCUCUGCUCUUGUGAGGCCAGGAUCCAGCCUGGUGGUUUCUCAGUUGGUUCUGGGCACUCUAUGAUCAUUAUUCCAGGCAGGUAGCCUGGAAACAGUGAGAGGAACAUCCCUGGCUUCCCAGAGGGCAAGAAGCAGCUGUUGUGACUGGCUAGGUUCAUCCUUUAAGACUUUGUGAAUGCCUCUCCACCCUGGUGGGGCAUUACAGACCCCUGAGUGCCCUGUCCCUGUGGGGAUGGGUGGGCUCAGCGGGCUGUGCCUGCCGCACUGCUGCCUCCUGUCCCAGUGCAGGCAGCCAGGCUGGCUUGUGUGUGCUGGCCCCGUGGCACUCUGCACGCAGAGGCCAUCGCUGUGACAGCUUGCCUGGCCCACAUCCCAGCCCAUCAUGUCCCUGGGAAAGACUAGCAGGGACGUGCUGUUAUUUGCCUUGGCACAGGAGGGACUCAUGGAGACCAUGGUGGGAGGCUGCCAAAGCUCUGUGAAGGGGGUCUCUCCCUCCCCACAUGGAGGCAGGGAUCUGGCAGGCAUGGUUCAGCAGUGUGUGACAUGACGGAAUUUUGGGGCAAAGGCUUCCUUCAUGUCGGUGGGGAAGCAAAGUAAGGACAGGGCAGCCCCUGUGCUGCUGGGAACAGCUGUGGGUUGGUGAUAAGACCGUGAGAAAAUCCAGGGAGUCCCAGCGGGGCUUUGGUACUUAAGCAAAAACUAGCAGUGGAAAAUGCCACUGCUGCAGCUGGGGCAGAAACACUCAGUGCCCCGUAGGAGGGGCUGGGGGAGUGCAGACAGGGAGAACUUGGGGAUGGAGGAGUGGAUGAGGGCUGGCCCUGCACCAGGCAGGAUGUCACACCCUGAGGAGGUGGGCAGGGAGGAGUUGUCCCCCAUCUUCAGGGGGGCCCUCAUUAGAGGGGACUCGGUGCACUUUGGUCCCCCUGGCUCUUACAGUAAGGCCAAGCAUGUGUUUCCUUGUGCACAUGCAUGGCCAGCCCCCCAGGGCGGGGCAAGCAGGGCACAGCACCCACAGAAAAUCGCCCAAACAUGGGAAGCAUGGAUGGCCUGAUCCUGCCUCUCCUCUCCAGCUACUGAGGAUUGAAAUCUGCUGGUGAACUGUGUGUGUGUGCAUGUACAGGUUUGUAUACAGACACACUAUCUGUGUAUGCCCCUGUGAACACCCAAUAAGGAUCUCUCCAGGGACAGUCUGUCCGGUAGCUGGCUUCCAGCUGAGCAGCACCACAUCACCUGGUCUUUGGGAUUUCCCCCAUUUCAUUAAGCUGAGUGGUUUGAAGGUAGACAGGGCUGGCAGGAUGGGAGCAAAGCAUGCAGGCAGGCUCAGGUCUUGAGCUUUUUGUCUUAGGACUGUCCAGCUAUGGGCUUCUGCAGCCGAGUUUCCCCUGGUGGGUGAAUGCAGCCCAGCUGGCUGCUUGCACACCCUGCUUCAGCCAUCAUGCCAGCUCUUGCAGCAGCAGCAGCAAGAUGAAAUGUGGGGUUGGUGGGGGGUCUCCCCGAGCAUCAUGUGCCCCAGCAUGCCCAGCUGAGCGGGGUCAGGGAGGAAUGGGUGCUGCUGUGCCACAUGCUGUUUACUGAUGGGUCUAUAAGGCGGCUUUGUUCUUCUCCUCAGGACACUCUGAAUAACAACUCUCUGGGGAAAAAGCACAGUUGGCAGGAGCGGGUGUCCCGGUCAUCGUCCCCUCUGAAAACGGGUGAGCAGACCCCUCCCCAUGACCACGUUUGCCUGAGUGAUGAGGUCAAUCACCAAAACAGCACAACCUCCACCAAAGACCGGGGCACAUCCACGGAGAGCCCAUGCCGGCGCACAGCAGCCACACAGAUGGCCCCAGCCUGCGUUGCCUCGUCCCGGCCGCCCGAGAAGCACCAGGCCACCAGCCGGGCCCCACCACAUGGUGCCAGCGUUGUGGUGGUAACGAGGGGCCCCGAGGCCCACCGGGACCGCAUCCGCUACCAGACGGAUGUGAGGCUGGAGGCCACAGAGGAGAUCUACCUGACGCCCGUGCAGAAGAACUCGGACCCCCUGGAGACUGACAAGCCGUUCCUGUCUCAGUCCAGUGAGAACCGCAUGUCCAUCAGCUCUGACAUUGACACCUCCGGCUAUUCAGCCCUGGCAGGGAAAACCAACCCCUCCAUCAGCGAGGAGGACGAGGUGCUGGACUACAUGUCCUCUCCCGACAAGACAAACCUGCCCAGGGCCUCCUGUGGUGGUGGGAAUGGUGGCUCCCGGCCAGGGCACAACCUUCAGAGAGCCUCCGUGAGUUCGGACACCAGUGCCCUCUCCUAUGACUCUGUCAAAUACACGCUGGUGGUGGAUGAGAACGUGCAGCUGGAGCUGGUCAGCCUCAAGCAGUGCUACUCGGGCUACAGCGAUGAGAGCGACUCGGCCACAGUCUACGACAAUUGCAUCUCUUCACCCUACGAGUCGGCCAUUGGCGAGGAGUACGAGGAGGAUGCGCUGAAGCGUGACUCAGUCUGCCUCUCCGAGGACUCCACCCCCGAGGCAGACAUCCACUUCUCCAAGAAGUUCCUCAAUGUCUUCAUGAGUGGUCGGGCACGCUCCUCCAGUGCCGAGUCCUUUGGGUUGUUCUCCUGCAUGAUCAACGGGGAGGAGCAGGAGCAGACUCACCGUGCUGUCUUUAGGUUUGUGCCUCGCCAUGCGGACGAGCUGGAGCUGGAGGUGGAUGACCCUUUGCUGGUGGAGGUGCAGGCAGAAGAUUAUUGGUAUGAGGCCUACAACAUGCGCACAGGAGAUCGGGGCAUCUUUCCUGCCUAUUAUGCUAUUGAAGUCACCAAGGACUCAGACCACGUAACAGCUCUGGCCAAGAGUAGUGACUGGGUGGACCAGUUCCGGGUGAAGUUCCUUGGCUCCGUGCAAGUUCCCUACCACAAGGGCAAUGAUGUGCUCUGUGCGGCCAUGCAGAAGAUUGCCACCACGCGCCGCCUCACUGUGCACUUUAACCCACCCUCCAGCUGCGUCCUGGAGAUCAGUGUGCGCGGGGUCAAGAUUGCUGUGAAAGCUGACGACUCCAAGGAGCACAGCAAGGUAAACAAGUGUAGCCAUUUUUUCCAGCUGAAGAACAUUUCCUUUUGUGGGUACCAUCCAAAGAACAACAAAUAUUUUGGGUUCAUCACCAAGCACCCUGCUGACCACAGAUUUGCCUGUCAUGUCUUCGUCUCGGAGGAGUCCACGAAGCCACUGGCAGAGUCUGUAGGGAGGGCUUUCCAGCAAUUCUACAAGGAGUAUGUGGAGUACACGUGCCCCACAGAGGACAUCUACCUGGAGUAGGGGCUGGCACAGGCACCUCCUGCACAGCCAGGGCUGCAGUCUCGCCCCUUCCCCGUGUCGUGCAUGGACAAGAGCUGCUUUGAGCCUGGAGGAGGAGCGGGCCCGGGGCAGGGCUCCCCGGGGCACGGAGUGCCGCCUCUUUUCGUGACUCCCCUUCCUCGGGCUGGGGGGACGGGAGGGGGGAGGGCUGGACAAAUUGUGUUUAUUGUACAAAAUACUCUUAGUUUAUUCUAUUGGAGAAGCACCCGCUGGGUGCCCUGCUUGUGAGCAGUUGUGGGGGGCAGUAGCGUGCUCGUGCACUUUCCAGCUGCAGGCUGGGGUGACAGCAUCUCCUCCUUGUGACCAUGGCACAGCUUCCCGUCACAUCCAUCUGGGGUGACUUUUAAUUGCGGUGGCAGAGUCAGUCUCUUGCAGUAUGAUGACAUAGCAGCUACAGAAAACAAGACCCACAUGCUGGCUCCUGCCUGGGAGAUGGGAUCACCUCCCUGCCAGGCCCUGGGGAGAUUGCUGCUGGGCAGAGGUGGCAGAGGAAGCCCCAGUCUCUCCUCUGCCAGAGCCAGAAUGAGAUGAGACAGAUUUCCCCUGCCUCUGUCCCCAUCCCCCCCUUUCCAUCUUGUAUCCAGGCCCUGGGGAGAGGGGAAAAUUCCCCUCAUACCUCCCUGCAGUAACUAUACCUUCAGGAGGAAAACCUUUCUCUGCCCCUUUCCACUCUCCCCCAAGCUGCAGGUGGCAGAGGCAGGGCAGGGCCACCCCAGCUCAGUGGGGCUCAGCCCCUGCACAAAGCUGGGUAUCUGCCCGAAAUGGGGCAGGGAGGGGCUAAAGGCUGCAGGGAGCCGUGCGAAGCACCGGGGAGAUAGAAGAGCUCUCCCAGCCCCUGUCCCUGCAGCCAGUGGUCUCUGUGCUUCAGCUGGAUCUGCUGUGAUGGCAACAACUAUUAAAUAUGAUGGUUCAUGGAGCAGA